AUGGCGCUCAGCACCCUCCUCGCCUCAUCCCUCCGGCCCGCCCUGGCAGCUCUGCGUCGAGCAGCCCCUGGGCAGUGCCAGGGGCUCAGCACCCCCCCAGGACUGGGGCACACACUCGACCUCAGGGGCAUCUUCCCGCCCCUCUCCACCCCCUUCUCACACACGUGGGAGGUGGACUAUGCCCAGCUGGAGGGGAACCUGCGCCGCUAUGCCAGCAUCCCCUUCCGAGGGCUGGUGGUCCUGGGCUCCAACGGGGAGUACCCAUACCUGUCACCCCGUGAACGGCUGGAGGUGGUGGGCUGCGUGCGCCGGGCUCUGCCCAGGAACUGCCUGCUGCUGGACUGCCUGCUGCUGGCUGGCUCGGGCUGCGAAUCCACCCAGGCCACCAUCGAGCUGACGGUCAGCAUGGCAGAGGCGGGGGCCAAUGUGGCACUGGUUGUGACACCCUGCUACUACCGGGGGGCCAUGACCAGCGCUGCCCUGGUCCAGCACUACACAGAG